AAUCGCUAUUCCUAGCCGACCUGCAAAGUUUCUGCUGUCAGUUGUUUUGCAGGUAACUGAGUGAAAUCAACAGGAAAAAGCGCGUUUUAACAGAGCAGCUUUUUACGCUCCGCGGAGAGCAAAAGCGAUUAAACCCAGCUGCUCAAUGAACCGAGUAGCUUCAAGUGAAGAGUUGAGACAGUUUCCAAUCACAAUAUUUUGGUCAAUAUUUACAAAAGCGGGUUAGUGAUUAACUGUCCUCGGUUGCAACAGCUGCACAGAGUCCCAGCAGGCAGGCAGCGAGCAGCUCGGUCACUUUAAUCCGCUUCACAAUGCUGUGCGCCCGGGUAUGGAGAGGUCUGAGUCCCCUGUGCAGAGGAGGUCACCUGUCAGUAUGGAAACGACCCCAGAGCCAUACAGCAGCAGCCAGGCCGGACCUCAGCGGGAUCUAUCCGCCCAUUGCAACCCCGUUUACCGCCAAGGAGGACGUGGACUACCAGAAACUGGAGGAAAACCUGCAGAAAUAUGCCAAGAUCCCAUUCAGAGGUCUGGUGGUUCAGGGCUCCAAUGGAGAGUAUCCGUUCCUGACGGAGGAGGAGCGGGUGGAGGUGGUGAGGAUGGUCAGAGGGUCACUGCCGCCGGACAAACUGCUGAUGGCCGGGUCAGGCUGUGAAUCCACGAGAGCCACAGUGCAGCUCACAGAGAAGAUGGCGGCGGCCGGUGCUGAUGUGGUCCUCGUGGUAACACCGUGCUUCUACAAGGGCAAGAUGGACAGCCGCGCUCUGAUGCAGCACUUCACCAAGGUGGCCGACAGCAGCCCGGUGCCGGUGGUUCUGUACAGCGUGCCGGCCAACACGGGGCUGGAGCUGCCGCUGGACGCCGUGGUGCAGCUGUCUCAGCACCCAAACAUCCUGGGCCUAAAGGACAGCGGAGGAGACAUCUCACGGAUCGGCCUGAUUGUUCACAAAACCAAAACGCAGGAUUUCCAGGUGUUGGCAGGCUCAGCAGGGUUCCUCAUGGCCGCCUAUUGUGUUGGUGCAGUCGGCGGUGUGUGUGCGCUGGCUAACGUGCUGGGCCGGGAGCUGUGUGAGUUGGAGCGUCUGUGUGUGUCGGGUCGCUGGGAGGAAGCCAGAGUCCUGCAGCAGCGCCUCAUCGAGCCCAACGCCGCCGUGACCAGGAAGUUGGGAGUUCCCGCCCUGAAGCAGGCAAUGGAGUGGUUCGGCUUCCACGGCGGUGCCUGUCGAUCACCUCUGCAGCCGCUGGCUGAGGCCGAGGCUCAGCAGCUGAGGAGGGACUUCUCCUCCAACGGCUGGCUGUGAGGUGUGUGUGUGUGUGUGUGUGAGAGAGAGAGAGCGUGAGCGUGUGGACGGAGGAGGAACACUGUUCUCAUCCCCCAUUAAAAAAAAAAUCCAACAAACAUUAAACUCGGUUCAUAUACAGUACAUCAAAUCGGUUUGUUCCUGAAUCAUUUACCAUGUUUUGUGCUGGGGAAAAGCAACCUUAAACAAAUCAAUAUAACUUCUCUUUUUCAAGAAAUAACAAAUUUAGAUCAUUGAUGAAUCAGUGUGGGUCACAACACAUGCGUUUAGACUGGGUAUUGAUUUGUAAAUUUCUACUAAUACAAAAAAUAAUGCACAAAAGUCAAUUGUUGAGAAACUUCCCCGCAGUCUGAUUAAGGUUUUUUUUAAAUAAUAUUUUUACUAAUUCCUCUGUUCACUUUACAAUAAAUUCUAAUGUGUUGAAAAGUAAGAAAAAUGUUGUGAAUGCAUUAAUUUUGACAAUAAAAUUGCAUUUCUAAAAUAAUAAAA